AUGGUGGGGGAGGGACUGGAAAAGCAGCCGAAAGAGUCUCAGAAACUCCACGAGGAAACCACCAAAUGCAUGGUGGAAUCAGUGAUACAUUCUUUGAGUCAUGAGGAAUCUUCACCAAGUGGCAAUAUGCCUGGUGUGGGUGCUGCUAGCCCAUUUCUCGGCAACCAGAAUGUUUUAGCUUCUUCCGUUCUCAGCACAGUGAUGAAAAGCUCAGCCUCUUCUAGUACCACUGGCAGUCCACCCAAUAAUGACUUCUGUUCCAUAUAUGAAAUACAUACUGAUUCUGAGAAAGAAAACAUGAGUGGUGCUGGCAAAGAACACACGGAAAACAUUCUAGAAGAAUACUCGCAGAAAGGUAGAGAUGCGCAGAUGAGGCUGAAUGAAACUACUGAGCUACAUGAGCAACAGAAAAGCAAUUUAAGAUUGAUUGUUGCUGAUCUGCAGACCAAACUGAUGGAAGUGCAAUUGGAAAGAGAUGCGCUUCAGGAUGCUAGACAGAAGGAAUCACAGAGCCAAGAGAAUGUCAAAAUACAGCUAAAAACUACUAUUCAAAAGCUGGAAGCUGCCAGCCAGCUGCAGGAGGAGAUUCUAAGGGAGGCUGACAGCCAAACUAAACAUCUGGAAAAGAUAGUCCACAGCCACAAGGAAGUACUUCUGGAAUUCCAUGGCAUCCUCAUGGGCUAUGAAGACAGCACAGGCAGGAAACUCUGUGACCAUGAGAAUAUUACUAGCCGACACAUCCACAGCCUGAGCACAGCACUUGCUGACAUCCUGCAAGAUUUGGACUCAGAGGUGUCGUGCCUCAAAGAAAAGGUUGUCCUGGUAGAAGAAGAACUUGGGUCACUGAAAAAAGAUUCACAAACCCAAAACCAACUGCUCCAGCAACACCAAAAUAGGAUUGAGCAGCUAGUAAGUGAGCAUGAACAGGAGGUGGCAGCACUGACUGAUAAAGCCAGUGCACGCAGGGGUGCAAAUAAUAUCCAAAGCCAGAUGUAGAUCAUUCAAGAACAAACAAGAAAUCAGAAUUCAAUGCAUGCAGAUCAAGUUAGUCGCUUGGAAUCUACAGUUUCUCAGCUGCGUUCUGAAUUACAAGAAGCUAAGAGGAUAUAUGAAGACAAGGUCAAAGAUCUUGAGACGCAAUUGCACGUAGCUCAUUCUGAAAUGGCAGAAGCUCAGACAGGACAGAAUCAAAGCAGCCAAGAAUCUGGAGAUCUGAAUAACCAGAUUCAUCAGUUGUUGCUUGAACUUCAUAAAAAAGAGAUAGAACUAAGUCUAGAAAAAGAGCAGAACAAGCGAUUUUGGGAUCAGAACACGGACAGCAGCGUCACCAUUUACCAUCUAAGGAGACAAUUAGACAACAAAACCAAGCAAUUGCAGUGUAUGGAAAGCACAGCAAAGGAAAUGAGGACUGAAUGUCACAGACAAAUGGAGCACCAGAUGGCUGCAGUUAAGGAAAAAAAUGAAAGCAUUGGAAGAAUCUCCUCUUUGGCCAUUCAACUGGAGUUAACCAAGGAAGCACUCCGUAAGGUUAAAGAAGAUCUUACAGCCAAGCAGAUCGAUUUGGAGAUUGCUGAGAAAACAGUGUCAAAUCUGACAGCCUGUCUGCAGGAGAAGGAGAGAGCUCUUGAGGUUACCAGUGUGGAAAUCAAGAAGCUGCAUUCACAACUUAGCAGUAGGAUGCAGGAGUUCCAGCAUCUCAAGAAUGAAGAGGACCAUUUACAAGAUGUUCAGUCAGAGCAUGAAACACUGAAACUGCAGAUAUCAGAGAAGGAAAGGAUUAUUGAGAUCUUCCAAAAGCAAAUUGAUAACAUGACACAGACUGUAGGCCAAUACAGUCGAGCUGCUGGAGCAAUGGAAGUUGAGAAAUCCCAGUUUAUAAAAGAAAUAGAUGACUGGAAACUCAAAGUAGAAGAACUUAAGAUUGCAAAGGAUGAGAAAGAAACCAGAAUACAUGAAAUGGAAGCCAGAGUGAGUGAGCUGGAACUGGAGAAUAUUAAACUGGCUAAUACCUGCACUGAGAGGCUCCAUGCACUUAAUGAUACCAAACUGGAAAAAGACCACCUAAUGAAUGAACUCAAAGCCAGUCGGGGUGAGCUAGCUGGCCUUGCAGAGGGAUUUGAAGAUUUGAAGAGGGACUACCAGGAUAAAAUCAAGGAGAUGGAAAAUACUGCAAGCAGACUGAAAAUGCAGUUAAAAUCUGUGCAAUCGGAGCUGGAACAGACCAGGACUGCUCUAAAGACUAUGGAAGGAUCUGAUGGCAAUGCUAUGAAAGUUGCAGUAGGAAUGCAGAAGCAGAUCACAGCCAAGAGAGGGCAAAUGGAUGUAUUACAGAGCAAGAUAAAAUUCUUGGAAGAGGCAAUGACAAAUGCAGCUAAGGAGAAGCUUUACCUCAGAUUAAAAAAUAGUAAACUAGGUCAAGAAUUGAGCUAUAUUACAGCAGAAAAUACCAGGAUUGCUGGGGAACUGGAGAUCCUGCGAUCACAAGACAAACGUCUGAAAGAAAAAAUAUCCAAGAUGGAGACAGCUCUUGAUAAGGCAUCACUGCAGUUUGCAGAAUAUCAGUGCAUAAUCCAGUGUCAGGAACAAGAAGUAAUGCGCUUCAGACUGCAGCAUACCUUCAAUGUAAAAGCGCUGCAGGGCCGAGGCUACUUGGCAGCUUUUCCUUCAGGCAAGCUGCGGCACAUGGUGCCCCUUUCCCAUCUCCACUCAGCGGUCAUGCCACCUUCCCUGAACUUGGCCAGCUGUGUCACUCAAAUGUCUUCCAAGCCAGGAAUUUUGAAGGAAGAACCAUUGCAGGAUCUAAAGAGAAUUUUUCAAGAAUUAACAAGCUCAGGCAAUGAUAUUCCCUCUGUGGAUCUUGGCAAGGAUGGCAGCAGUGGUGGGAGAAAAUCACCAUUAGCAACCAUAGAAACUGCAGCUAAAGACUCUGCUACUGAAAGCAGCAUGGAGAAGGAUACUUGUGGACGGGAUGCUUUAUGCUUCCAUACAGCAGAUCUUCAGUCCCAAGACGUUACCCUGCCCUUUACAUCUCUUGGAGGUGCGUCCAUCUUCUCACCAGCUUCUCACUAUACAUCUGCCCCCAAGAAGAUGUCUCGGGAGCGGAGACACAGAGAAAAGUCUCCAGUACACUUGUUGUUAACUGCUCCACCCGAUGACCUUGCAGCUGGCUCCAGUGCCUCACCACAGCACAGACCAUCUGCACAGAAGGUCAGCUGUCCAGAGGGUGCAGCUGCAGUCCCCCAGAUAAGAACUGAUGGCAUUGAAAAUGAAACGAUCAGCUUAGCUGGUUUGUGUAGCACAGUUGGGACUCAUACGUAUUUGACAGAUCUACUGAAGUUUUCGUGA